AUGCCUCGCCUCGACGACAGCACCGAAGCGCUCCUUCGAGCAGGCCAAAGCGCCGAAAGUACGGUCAAGCGUGCUUGGGAUGGCUUCGUCAAUUUCGCAGUGCGAGACAAUGUGCUCGAGGUGGCAUUGGGUUUGAUUAUCGCUCAAGCAUUUACCAAGGUGGUCACUUCUUUCGUCUCCGAUAUCAUUCUUCCCAUUGUCGCUCUUCUUCCAUUUUUGCAUCGCAACAUGGACGAGAAGUUUGCCGUGCUCCGACGCGGGCCGCAUUAUGUCAAGGAAAAAGGGUACAAUACCCUCGAGCAGGCGCGAAACGACGGCGCCCUGGUACUGGCUUAUGGGUCAUUCCUCGAGACAGUGAUCAGCUUUGUUGGUGUCAGUCUCACAUUGUAUGCGAUCGGGCAACUCUAUACGUGGAUCUCCCAUGAUCAAGUUAUUAAGCAAACAGUCCGAUGCAAAUACUGUCGGAAGUACAUCAGUGAGAAGGCAUUGCGCUGUGUCAACUGUACCAGCUGGCAGGACGGUCGCGAGGAUUCGCCUCAGCAGUAG